UCACUAUGUCAUUGCGUGUUUACGAGCAAGUGAGAUAUGCACGUAUCGUCCUGUUUGUAAUAAAAAUCAAACAUUAACAUUAUUCGGUCGUGCUAUUUCGCGAAUUUGCUAACCACCUACGUGUCACUGUAAACCGUUGGUGUUUUUCCAAAUCUCGAAGAAAUGAGUGACAGUGCGGGCCCAUCGAGCAGUUCGGACCAAAGACAGCGGGGGCUGAACGUGGAGGCCCUCAAGCAGCACGUGCUCACCCACAAAAUCGACUGUGGGUUGUGGGCCAUUCGGGUGCUGACCAUCCUCUUCACUUGCGGCUACUUUUUGCCAAUUUUCGGGAGUGCUCAAAAUGCCUAUUACAAGGCGCUCAUUGCGAACGCUGCCAUUAACGCCCUCAGGCUGCACCAGAGGUUGGGGAGGGUUAGGCUGAGUCGGGAGUUUGUGGCACAGUUGUUGAUGGAGGAUAGCUGCCACUAUCUCUUCUAUUCCAUGAUUUUUAUCUAUGUGGCACCCUUGACCUUGGUUUUGUUGCCAGUGGUUCUGUUCGCUAUUCUACAUUCAGCCAGUUACUCACUAACUCUACUUGAUACUUUGGGCCAAAACUCGUGGUGGGGCGCCCGCCUCUUGAUAUCUUUGGUCGAAUUCCAGUCACUAAAUAUCUUGAGACUGAUCGCAUUCACUGAGAUUAUUAUGAUGCCACUCACUGUACUUUUUGUCGCUAUGGGACGGGCUAGUCUACUGACGCCUUUUAUCUAUUAUCAUUUUUUGACUCAAAGGUACACAUCAAGGCGUAACCCUUACAAUAGAAACAUGUUCCAUGAACUCAGAAUCUUGUUCGAAAAGACCGCAGCAAAGCCCAAUCUACCUUCCUUUGUGAAGUCAAUCUUGCUAGGGAUUAUCAAUUUCACUGUUAAGUUAGCACCUCCCCAGGUGCAAGCCCAGCAUCAGCAGUGAGCUAGUUGUUCCAUGUAUCCUUAUUAUAUCAAAUGUUCGUGAUAUGGGUAAUUUUAACGCCUAGUAUUGUUUAUUUGCACUUGUUUGGUACAUGUUCAUGCAAUUUUUUGCACGAAUUUGAGGUAUGGUUGCAAAAUUUCGUCCGUUACUUUUUAUAUACUUUUAACCCAGGAAUGAUUUUUUAUUAAUUUUUAGUAUGGAUGGUGUAAAGUAGUUUUGUUAUAUCGUUAUAAAUGCAUUGUGCUCAUGGAGGUUUCUGUUGUAAAACUCAUUCGAAUUAAAUUUUCUCCAUGUCA